ACGACAUUCAAACAGCCUGGAUUAGAUCAGGCGCGUAUGUCGAGGAGGCACACGGUCCUCAGAUUCCCCCGGAUGGUUUCCAGCCUCUAGCUUCCAAGCGGGCUUGUAGUACUUGCUGCUGUUGCUUCUCUUUCCUCACCGUCGCUUUCUAUCGCUGGACGACGUCGGUCUUUACUCUUCAACUUCUAAACCGGUCUCUGGCUAGACUUGGGCAUCGCCGGCGAUCUUUAUUCUAAUUUUCUCAGUCGAGGCUACCGUAACCCAGCUGGAUCCGCGGUGGAAGUUUGAGUGCACCAUGACUUUCGGGAGCUUACAGUACGAAGAAAUGGGUCUCUAUAGACGCAUAAACGCUCAGGAAAUAGGAUCUGACGGACCAGCGUAUCUGAAGGCGUUCCUGUUCUUCCAUAUCUCGUCUUCCCAUGUCUUGCUUCCCAUCUUAAUGGCGACAUUUGUUCUGUCAAAAUACGCUAAACGACCCGCCACCUUGAUCAGUGUCUGCGUCACUUGGAUUCUGAGCGGCAUAUUCUCGUCUAUGCUGCUCUAUGUGGGCCAUGAACGAGGGAAGGAGCCCGAGAAGAAUCUUUGCAUAGCCCAGGCUUCGAUGCUGAACGGCACACCGCCUAUGUGGUCGGUUGCUGUCCUGGCGUUUGUGUAUCAAGUACGAAACUCCCUACCCGGUGUUUCCAAGCCACUAAGCAGGUGGAAGCUCUGUGCCCUGUUCGUGGCUCCGUAUGUGACGCUGGCUAUUUGGUCAACAGCAUGCGCUAUUCUGGCUAUGCAGCACCCCGACCAUGUCAGCCGGUCACGAAGGUACUUCUACUGUUCCCUGUGGAAUGACCCUUUCACGAACAUGAUGUCCCUUUUCACUGCAAUCGCAUGCCUCUCGGCGAUUGCACUACAAGUUCACAUCGGCGUCAUUCUGUCCCGGAACUGGCGCGCGCUUCGAAAGGCCGGCCAUUCUAGUGAUGUCGACCUCCAGCUCAUCAUCCGGUUAUGCAUAUUCGAGUUGUACAUAUUCAUCGGGAUGAUUCUGGACGUCACGACUAUAUUCACCAACGGCACGGUCGUGCCAGACAUGUUUGCUGCUACCAUCGGAUUCAUGGUAUUCAUCAUUUUCGGGCUUCAAGGCGACGUCCUCCGCACGUGGGCAUUCUGGCGCCCCCCUCAACAGCCGAGGCUACCUCCCGUGUACCUCUCUCGCGAGCCCAGCUUCCAGGCCAAGUUCGACUUGGCUGAAUGCGACGGCGCCGUGAAAGAGGAUUGGACGGAGAAGGUGAUGUACAUUGGACGAGGGGACGCCGGGCAGAGAGAGUGUAUCCAUGUUGCGUGAAAUCUUGGGCCUUUGUACUUCUUUGCUUGUUGUACUAUAGUUCUAGAUUUUUAUUGCUUUGAGUCUUCAAGUAGCGACAGGGUCGGUAUUGUAUCGUUAUUACGCCCUGUAUUUCUCGUAUCCCCGAAAGUGGUGCCCUUCCUUCUGACAAUGUUCCCUGGCACGACUGGGCG